AAUAUGUGCAAUAAUACCAGCCUUUCAAUGCGUCAGAGCAACUUUUCAGCAACUGUCAAAAGGAGGCAUUUAUCACUUUAAUCCCCACCUGGCCCAGAGAAUAAACGGCGAGGGUAAGUUACACAUCCCCGCCGCUCCUCCGUGCAGACGAACAGGUGGUCAUCCAGAGACGUGAAAGCCACACAGAGUCCCAACACUCACCUGCUCCCAUUGUUCGUGUGUUGUCAUGGAUAAAGGCGUGUUUGAUUAUUGCAGGGCUUUAUUUCCCCUCCGCUCUGCGUUAUCAGCUCGGCGCUCACGUUUAGGUGGCUGAAACUUCACUUUAUUAUGCCUGGAUUUUAAUCAGUCCAGUUUCAGGAACUUUGCUCAUCCCACGUUUUUUAAUUMUAUUGUACAAUCCACAGCAAAUCGAGCGUUUGUCACAUUUCGUCUCAGAUACAAGGCACAGAUUCUCCCACAGCAAUUAAACGAUUCAUUGGUUUUUAUCGUGUUUUAACAGGAUGCUGAUCGAGAGCAUGAGCCGUAUUGAUUGUCCUGAUGGAAACAGGAAAUCACAGAGAUAGAAAUAAAAUCAUCUGUUGUUCCCGGCGUGAGGAUGCCCGGGGGAACGGCAGGCUAUUGCGCACUGUUGAGUGGCAUUACCCCCAGCAACCACCUCCCCUCCAUCCUCUCCCCUAUGGAGACCUGGAAGAGACGUCAUCCGUGGUUGUUAUGCUGCGAAAUGACGCCGGCGCCCUCCCUCCCCCCCACCCCCUCCUGCUACUGCAAUAUUACCCCUGUGGUCUGUUACGGAAGAUGCAGCACUCCUCGUCUGCACCAUUUCCAGCAUGAAGUUUGACGCCUUAACAGUAAUCAGCCCUCUGCCGUCAUUUCCCUCGUGUGGAAGUGGAACCAUUUGAGCAGCGAUGCUGAUAAUAAUAUCAGCCUAAAUGCAUCCGACACAUAAAGCUCGAUCCCGUAAAAAAAAAAAAAACAACUACGUGGUCCUCUUUGCUGGGAAGCCCGGAUGAAAAUUCUGGUUAUUUGACCCAAAACAUCAUUUGUUAACAGUCUUCAGUGAUAAUUUGAUAAGCAGCUCUUUGUUUCUGGUGUUAUGUGAGAGGAAAAAUACCCCCAUAUCUUAACACACACACAUAUACACACACACAGCAGCCCCUCCCCAUGCCCUCCCUUUAACACACACACACACACACACACACACUCUGGAAUAACGCGUCACAGAGCUCGGGGAAUGAGUGGCUCAUUAAGAAGAAGGAUGUGAUAUUCUGAAUAGAGACUGUGAGACUCCCAGCACGUCUAUUUUUAGCAGCCAUAUCUCUAUGGCACUCGCAGCGGUGUCGGUUAAUUGCAGCCCCAGCCCCAGAUAUUCCAAUUAAGAAUGAAACAAAUGCUUUUAAGGUGGGGUUUCGCUCCUCCCUGCCGGAGAAGGUCCUCGCGUCCAUCCUUGGAGGAGAUGUGUUUUGCCUGUGUCAGGUGUGGGACAUGCGGAGUGCAGUCAAAGCCUCAGCUGGGCUAUUUUUAAAUGAGCCUCUGUGGAAAGCGAGAUCUAGAUUUUUUUUUUCCUCUUCUCUUUAUGGUUGCUUUUAUGUCUCUGGCUGUUGGAUGUUCACCAACUCAUUGAUUUGCUGUGAGUCUUUAGAGCUUCUUGGAGUUCCACCAGGUUAGAAGAGUGAUGACCAUCCUGUUCCUUACUAUGGUUAUUUCAUACUUCAGUUGCAUGAGAGCUGCGCCCCUGAGAGACGCCCCGGGCAUGCGGGGCCACCGGACGGAGGGCUACCUGGGCGCUGCUGCGACGGCCGCCCGGGCGGGCCACGGGACUCCGCAGAGCGGCGGCGGGCCGGGCCAGCGCGGGGAGCUCCCCUCGCUCACAGACACGUUCGAGCAGGUGAUCGAGGAGCUGCUGGAGGUGGAGGGCGAGGCGGCGGCGGCGGCGGCGCAGCUGGGACAGGGGGCCAAGAGCCAGGGAGGCGGGGGCCCGUCGCCCGCGGCCGCCGCCGAGGCCAAGGAUGUCGACCUGUACAACUCGCGGGUGAUGAUCAGCAACCAAGUGCCUUUGGAGCCGCCGUUGCUCUUCCUCCUGGAGGAAUACAAAAACUACCUGGACGCCGCCAACAUGUCCAUGAGGGUGCGGCGGCACUCCGACCCCUCGCGGCGCGGAGAGCUGAGCGUGUGUGACAGUAUUAGCCAGUGGGUGACAGCUGUGGACAAAAAGACUGCAAUAGACAUGUCUGGGCAGACAGUUACCGUCAUGGAGAAGGUCCCUGUCCCCAACGGCCAACUGAAGCAAUACUUUUAUGAGACCAAAUGCAACCCCAUGGGGUACACAAAGGACGGCUGCAGAGGAAUAGACAAGCGGCAUUAUAACUCCCAAUGCAGGACAACCCAGUCCUACGUGCGAGCGCUCACCAUGGAUAGCAAAAAGAAGAUUGGCUGGCGGUUUAUAAGGAUAGACACUUCAUGUGUAUGCACAUUGACCAUUAAAAGAGGGAGAUAGUGUAUAAAAUGUAUAGAUUUUAUUGAAGAGUUUAAAAAAAGAGAAUAAAGAGAAAAUAUCUAUUUGUAUAUAUACAUAACAGGGUAAAUUAUUCCGUCAAAUGAAAAAUUUUAUGGACUGCAUGUAAAAAAAAGAUGAAGUUUAUACAGUAAAAGUGAUAUUACAGUCUAUUUAUUGAACAUAUUCAUGACCUUGUAAACAAUUAAAAAAAUCUGAUCAGUCA